CCUCCUCCUCCUCCCUCCGUUGUACUUACCGGGCGGCUCGCGGCGGCGUGGUGCCACAUUUCCCCCCCUCAUACACCAGACCGCAUCUUCUGCACUCGAGAAAACAUGUCCAGCUACCACAAACCCGACGAGAAGACCCUGCAGGGGCUGAAGGACGUCGCCAACAAGCUGCGGAUCCACUCCAUCAAGGCGACGUGCGCCUCCAACUCCGGCCACCCCACGUCAUGCUGCAGCGCUGCAGAGCUCAUGUCGGUGCUCUUCUUCCACACCAUGCGCUACAAAGCAGAUGAUCCUCGCAACCAGUGCAACGACCGCUUUGUGCUCUCAAAGGGCCACGCUGCACCCGUCCUGUACGCUGCCUGGGCCGAGGCAGGCUACGUCAAAGAGUCCGAUCUGCUCAACCUGCGCAAGAUCGACAGUGACCUGGAGGGACAUCCCACUCCUAAACUGGCGUUUGUGGACGUGGCCACCGGCUCUCUGGGACAGGGUCUGGGAGCUGCUUGCGGCAUGGCCUACACCGGAAAGUACUUCGACAAGUCCAGUUACCGGGUGUACUGCAUGCUGGGGGAUGGGGAGUGCUCGGAGGGCUCGGUGUGGGAGGCCAUGGCCUUCGCCUCUCUCUACAAGCUGGACAACCUGGUGGCCAUCCUGGACGUCAAUCGUCUGGGGCAAAGCGAGGCCGCCCCGUUGAAGCACGACAUGGAGGUGUACCGCAAGCGCUGUGAAGCAUUUGGGUGGAACACUUACGUCGUGGACGGGCACGACGUGGAGGAGCUGUGCAAAGCUUUCUGGCAGGCCCAGCAGGUCAAGGACAAACCCACCUGCAUCGUCGCCAAGACGUUCAAGGGCAAGGGACUCAAAAAUAUCGAGGACCAGGACAACUGGCACGGAAAGCCCAUUCCUAAAGACAAGGUGGAUGCCCUCCUGAAUGACCUGAAGGCUCAGCUCCAGGUUCCCAACAAGAGUCUGACCCCCCAGCUGCCCAAGGAAGACACGGCGCCGGCCGACCUCAGCAGCAUCCUCCUGCCGGAACCUCCUGCCUACAAAAAGGGAGACAAGAUGGCGACACGGCGAGCUUACGGCGUGGCUCUGGCCAAACUGGGCCAGUCCAGCCAGAGAGUGGUGGCCCUCGACGGAGACACUAAGAACUCCACCUUCUCUGAGACCUUCAAGAAAGCUUUUCCUGACCGGUACAUCGAGUGUUUCAUCGCUGAACAGAACAUGGUCGGAGUGGCCAUCGGCUGUGCCGCCCGUGAUCGCACUGUGGCGUUCGCCAGCACGUUUGCGGCGUUCCUCUCCAGAGCGUACGACCAGAUCCGAAUGGGAGCGAUCUCCCAGACAAACGUCAACCUGGUAGGCUCCCACUGCGGAGUCUCCAUUGGUGAGGAUGGUCCCUCUCAGAUGGCUCUGGAGGACUUGGCCAUGUUCCGUGCCAUCCCAACAUGCACCGUGUUUUACCCCAGCGACGCCGUGUCCACGGAGCGGGCGGUGGAACUGUCGGCCAACACUAAGGGCAUCUGUUUCAUCCGCACCAGUCGACCAGACACCGCAGUCCUCUAUUCUCCAGACGAGAAGUUUGAAAUCGGCGUGGCCAAGGUGGUGCGUCAGUCUGACCAGGAUGUCGUGACUGUGAUUGGAGCCGGUGUUACUUUGCAUGAGGCUCUUGCUGCUGCAGACAUUCUGGCCGGUGAAGGGAAGAACAUCCGCGUGAUCGACCCGUUCACCAUCAAACCGCUGGAUGCCGAGACGAUCGUGUCCAGCGCCAGAGCCACAGGAGGUCAGAUCAUCACCGUGGAGGACCACUACAAGGAGGGUGGUCUCGGUGAGGCCGUGCUGUCCGCGGUGGGCGGCGAGCCCGGCAUCGUGGUGACGCGCCUGGCCGUGGAGGGCGUUCCCCGCAGCGGAAAGCCCAACGAGCUCCUGGAUAUUUUCGGCAUCAGCGCGAAGCACAUCGCCAGCGCCGUCCGCAAGACCUUCGCCAACUGAGAGCCGCACCUGAUCUCCGUCCGCGUUUCCGCUUUUUCCAUCACGACCAGCGGCUUGACAGGAUUACUUGAAGAUCGGAUAACGUCUCUAGUUCCGCCUUGUGGCUUUGACUUGAGUGCAGUGUGAAUGCUAACCUGUAUUUCUACUAACGGAUGGGAGAGUCGGUGCAGUGCGGUUAUUAGUCUCUAAGCUCAGACGGAUUCUUUUGCUUUUGGCAGCAUCAUUCUUCCUUUUCCAUAUCAAAUGAUUUCAAAAUCUUGUAAAAGUUGCAGACAGACACUGUAAAUGUCGAGCUGACGGGUCGCUGCGGGUCGUCGGGUUGCGUUGUGAAGUUGGGCCGAAACGUGUGAACGCUACUUUUCACAUUCCUCACGUUGCACUUGAGCUGUUCAUGUCCUUUUCUAAGAAGCACUGUUACCGUUUCUCUUACAUGUCAUGUACUAAAUCAGUUUUGUCGUUUGGUUCAGCUGCAACAUUUAGUGUGAAAAGUUGAGUCCAGAGCUUGAAACAUCUCCACGAGUGAGUCGCUGGUGUUCUCCUCUUACUGCUGUGAUGUGCUGAAUUAAAACCCCGAACACCAUU